UUCUGUCAAAAUGCUCUCUCCCGCGAAGUUGAUAGAAAAACACACUCUUUUGCAACUUUUGCACGCAAUAAUUGAGCAACACACACACUGGGUGGGUUCAACAGAAAGCCUGUUACAUCAGCUAUCGAAUGGCGCUGGUUUCAUGCCCAUCGAACAGUCACAGCACGAAGUGAACGGCGCCAAAAGGAGGCACUUCAUGGCAGCAAUUUUCAAGCGGGCAUACUUGUUGCGGUUCGGGAGAAUUAGGUUCUAAAAUAGAACCUGACGCCAACUACUCAACAUGGCGCGUACAACGCCAAAAACAAGAUUGAAUUUGAGCCGGCCGUUGCAGAGCAACUCGCCGUCCACGCCAGGCACCUGGCCAAUCCAGCACCCACCAUGACCAAGCGUGGUAGAAGGGUACCGACAGGCGGCACCAGUGGCCGUCCACCUAAAGCGAUCAAGGGGGUCAACGCUGCGGCCGCGAGAAAUGCAAAGGCUAUUAACAAGCUCCUGGAUGAUAUGGAGAAGAGAGAGGCGGCCACCGCCGCUGCCGAAGCAGCUCUCGCGGCCAAGGAAGAAGACGUGAAGGCCAUGGAGGCGUCAGUGGCCAGGGAUCGGGAGAAGCUCGCGCGGGACAUCGCGAGGUCAGACGUGCUUCAACAGCAGCGUGAACAGCGAGAGCAGGAUCGUGUCAGCAAGGCUGCUGAAGCGGCGACUUCCAAGCUUCCCCCUCUCGCGCUGAAGUUUGUCGAGGACUCUGUGCAAUCACUGAGGCCCGAGACUGGCGAGCUCACCACCCUGCAGCAGUCGCGGAUCAUUCUCAUGCUGUACUUCGACCUGGUGAAAGGAGGCAGCUCUGAGAACCACGCAAAGGAGCAGGUCGCGAAGACCUUGAGGAUCGGUACGGACAAGGUCCUGGCGGUUCGCACACUCUGGUAUGACAAGCAGGAGUUGUACGAGACCAACGGGAAGGGGCGAGGCAAGGCCACCAGCGUCGACGACGGGCGACGUGUCAUCACCAAGGAGCAAGAGGAUGGACUGCGCGAGUUCAUCAAGGGCGAGCACGAGGCGGGACGUCAGGUCUUCCGCCGUACCGUCAAGGAUUACUUGGAGUGUUCGUUCGGAUUAGAGAUGUCGAAUCGUGCCGUGGGAGGGUUGCUGCAGCGCCUUGGCUUCAAGCGCCGUAGGGGUAGGAUCAAAAUACCCCCGUUGAACGAGUAG